GCCCCGGGUCCAGAGGGGGUGCCGGGAGAGGCGCCCCAGGUUUCCGGGCCCGCCUGUGCUGGGAGUCCCCCGAGAGUGGAGGCUGCACCCGCGGGGCCAGACACCUGUUCGGCCAGGCCUGGCGUGAUCGCCAGGGGCCAGGAUGAAAGUGACCGUAUGCUUCGGCAGGACCUGCAUAGUGGUGCCUUGCAAGGAGGGCCAGCUGUGCGUCCGGGAGCUCACGCAGCAGGCGUUGCAGCGGUACCUGAAGACGCGAGAGAAGGAUCCUGGCUACUGGGUGAAGAUUCAUCACUUAGAAUACACAGAUGGAGGGAUCCUGGAUCCAGAUGACGUCUUGGCAGAUGUCGUUGAAGACAAAGAUAAGCUGAUUGCUGUGUUUGAAGAACAAGAACCACUCCACAAGCUCGAGAGCCCCAGUGGAAACCAUGCAGGUGGGCAGAGCCCCGAUGCUUUUGAGACAGAAGUGGCUGCCCAGCUGGCUGCAUUUAAACCAAUUGGCGGGGAAAUUGAAGUAACUCCUUCUGCUCUGAAAUUAGGCACUCCACUACUGGUGAGGAGAAGCAGUGACCCAGCACCAGGCCCACCUGCUGAUGCCCAGCCAAGCGCUUCACACCCCGGUGGGCAGAGUCUGAAACCUGUUAUUCCAGAUUCCACCCAGAACUUAGAAGAUGGAGAAGUUAUGAAUGGUGUACAGACAGAAUUAUUGACAUCGCCAAGAACUAAGGAUGUAUUGAGUGAUAUGACAAGAACAGUGGAGAUUUCUGGGGAGGAAGGCCCGUUGGGAAUACAUGUCGUGCCCUUCUUUUCAUCUCUGAGUGGAAGGAUUCUAGGACUCUUCAUCCGUGGCAUUGAAGAAAACAGCAGAUCCAAGCGGGAAGGACUAUUUCAUGAAAAUGAAUGUAUUGUAAAAAUCAACAAUGUGGACCUUGUAGACAAAACAUUUGCUCAGGCUCAAGAUGUCUUCCGUCAGGCAAUGAAAGCUCCCGGUGUGGUCCUCCAUGUCCUUCCACCUCAAAACCGUGAACAGUACGAGAAGUCAGUCAUUGGGCCUCUUCACAUUUUUGGUAACAGUGACGGUGUUGUGAGAACAAAGCCAUCACCUUCUAGCCAUGGACAAUCUGGAAUAAAGACAGUAAAUCUCACAGGAACAAGCAGUCCUGAAGAAGAUGCAUCAGCUUCCCUUCAACAAAGCAAGAGCCCCCGAGUACCAAGACUAGGUAGAAAAUCAUCCUCUCCCUCACUCUCCCCUCUCAUGGGGUUUGGCAGCAAGAAAAAUGCAAAGAAAAUUAAGAUUGACCUUAAGAAAGGCCCUGAAGGACUUGGUUUUACUGUGGUUACCAGAGACUCUUCCAUACAUGGUCCUGGUCCCAUUUUUGUAAAAAACAUUUUACCAAAAGGAGCAGCAAUAAAAGAUGGCCGCCUACAAUCAGGGGACAGAAUUUUGGAGGUCAAUGGCAGAGAUGUCACUGGACGAACUCAGGAAGAGCUCGUGGCCAUGCUGAGGAGCACCAGGCAGGGCGAGACAGCAUCACUGGUCAUUGCCCGCCAAGAAGGAACUUUUCUACCCCGAGAGCUGAAAGGAGAACCUGACUGCUAUGCGCUCUCCCUGGAAACAAGUGAGCAACUCACCUUCGAAAUCCCCCUGAAUGAUUCUGGUUCUGCUGGUCUUGGGGUGAGCUUGAAGGGGAACAAAUCUCGAGAAACUGGAACAGACUUGGGAAUUUUUAUCAAGUCCAUCAUCCAUGGAGGUGCUGCAUUUAAGGAUGGUCGUCUGCGGAUGAAUGACCAGCUGAUUGCAGUUAAUGGGGAAUCUCUUUUGGGAAAGUCCAACCACGAAGCUAUGGAAACACUUAGGCGAUCGAUGUCCAUGGAAGGAAACAUACGAGGGAUGAUCCAGUUGGUGAUUCUGAGGAGGCCAGAGAGACCGAUGGAGGAGCCUGCAGAAUGCGGGGCAUUUUCUAAGCCAUGCUUUGAGAACUGUCAAAACGCUGUGACCACCUCCAGGAGAAAUGAAAAUAGUACAUUGCAUCCGUUUGGCACUUACGGUCCACAAGACAAACAGAGAGAGCCAUUGCCUCCCAGUGACGGAUGGGGCGAGACUGAAGUCCCACCUUCUCCACCACCACAUCCCGUUCUGGAAUUGGGCCUUGAAGAUUACAGCCACAGCUCUGGGGUGGAUUCGGCAGUAUAUUUUCCAGAUCAGCACAUCAACUUUGGAUCUGUGACACCAGCCAGGCAGCCCGAAGCAAUGAAUCUGAAAGCCUCAAAGAGCAUGGACCUUGUGCCAGAUGAAAGCAAAGUCCAUUCAUUGACUGGACACAAAUCGGAAUCUCCAAGCAAAGAUUUUGGCCCAACCCUGGGUUUGAAAAAGUCCAGUUCCUUGGAGAGCCUGCAGACGGCGGUGGCCGAGGUCAGGAAGAAUGAGCUCCCCUUCCACAGGCCCCGGCCGCACAUGGUUCGAGGACGUGGCUGUAACGAGAGCUUCAGAGCAGCCAUUGACAAAUCUUAUGACGGACCUGAAGAAUUAGAAGCUGACGGUCUGUCUGAUAAGAGCUCUCACUCUGGUCAAGGAGCCCCGAAUUCUGAAUCUGCCCCUCAAGGGAACGCUGAGCUUGAGGACGUAGAAAAUAAAGCCAGGAAAGUCAAAAAAACGAAAGAGAAAGAGAAGAAGAAGGAGAAGGGCAAAGUGAAAGUCAAGGAGAAAAAGCAAAAAGAAGAAAAUGAAGAUCCGGAAAGAAAAAUAAAGAGGAAGGGAUUUGGUGCCAUGCUGAGAUUUGGAAAGAAGAAAGACGAUAAGGGUGGGAAGACGGAGCGGAAAGGUCCCCUGAAGCAUGGUGGCCUGAGAGAAGAGGAGCUGGAAAAAAUGAAAGAAGAGCGUGAAAGGAUUGGAGCAAAACAUCAGGAACUAAGGGAAAAGCAGUUAAGAGGUCUUGUCGAUUAUGCGACUGGUACGAUUGGCUCACUGCAUGACAUGGACGAUGACGAAAUGGACCCCAAUUACGCCAGAGUGAACCACUUCCGGGAACCAUGUGCAUCAGCAAAUGUCUAUAGGUCUCCAUCUCCCCCUCGGGCUGGACCACUGGGUUUUCCUCGAGAUGGCCGUCCACUGUCUCCAGAGAGAGACCUCUUAGAGGGUCUGUAUGCCAAGGUCAACAAGCCCUACCAUCCACCAGUGCCAGUUGACAGUGGCCGUCCCAUGAGUGGAAGUGCUGACCGCAUCCAGAAGCUGCGGAAGGAGUAUUAUCAAGCUCGGAGGGAAGGUUUUGCAUUAUAUGAGGAUGACGAAGGAAGAGCAAGGCCAUCUGAUUACGAUCUUCACUGGGUGUCUGGAAAGGGUCCAGAUGGGAACGCGCACAACCUCCGCUUUGAGGGGAUGGAGAGACAGUAUGCAUCCUUACCCAGGGCUGGCACAGCCGAUCCUGUAGACUAUCUGACAGCAGCACCUCGAGGACUCUACAAGGAGAGGGAGCUUCCCUAUUAUCCAGGGGCUCAUCCAGGGCAUCCUCCUAAAGCGAGCUAUGCCCGCCCCCCAGAUCUGAGGGUCGCAGAUCUCCGAUAUCCCCAGUACUACCCACCCCCACCAGCACCCCAGCACAAAGGACCCUUCCGACAAGAUGUUCCGCCUUCACCCCCUCAGCACCACCGAGUGCCAGCCUAUCAGGAAAUGGUCAGACCAGGGCACCGAGGGGGGAGCCCAGACCAGUACCCCUACCGAACCCAGGACCCCCGGCAGAAGAACCCCAUGACUGCAGCCGUGUAGCUGAAUGCCACCGAGCUCAGCACAGCCCAGAAAGGAAGAUGUAUAAUAUCACCUUGGCCCUUCCUUAAGGCCUUCGUCCUGUUAAGAAUUCUCCAUGGUACAGAUUAGGUUUUUCUCACUGAGGUUGUAGCAUCUGACUGCUAACCAGAGGGAAAAGGAGGGAUAAGAGUUUGAAGGGGGAAAAUGAGGAGGAAGGCGAAGGAGGGAGCCAUGAAAACAAUACUGCCUGAUAUUUGAAAUACUUUUAGAAUGGUUCAAUUCAAUGAGAGUGGCAUUUGAAUAGGCAAAUAACAAAGGAGAUAUAUUAUGUGAUGUCUCCCUGGCCAGAUAACCUGUGCACACACAACCCCUGGAAUUGGCAGCGUGGAGACAGUCUCUGCCUGGGAUUGUCAUCCAUUCAGAAGCUAAGCUUCAACCACCUUGUUAGAGUUAAGUCUAAAGAGUGACUGCAAAUAUGGGCAUCUUAAGUGAGUAAUAUUUUCAGUGAGAAAAAAACAAAAGAACAGCAAACGUAACUUGUGAUCUCCUUGAAAUAUUUUAUACCCAGAGUAAGACUGCAUUUCUUUAUUUGUAGAAUUUCUCAGGUUCCUGGUACCAUUCAUUUGGUAUAAGCAUUUCACGUUUCCUCACUUUUUAUAUAAGAGAUGCGAAUGCAGUAUUAGUGUCCUGGGAGAAAGUGCGUACCUAGUCGGAACAUAUUCCAAGGACCACGCUGAUCAGGGUAAGAGGGCUGACACUCCCAAGGCCCUCGCCUCUCUUCCUCCCACGUCCCAGGCACAAUAGCAUGGAGAGAUCUGGUUUCAGAGUCAUCCCAAAAUCUCCUCCCUGUAAUUAUUGUAACUGGGGCCUCUACUUGAAGGUACUCACCUGAGGGCUAAAAUGCACUUGAGCAAAAAGGACCACUGAUUAGGUCACACAGGAAGCAAUGCCCUGGAGAUGCCAAUUCCAAACUCAGUGCCAAACAGUGCAAUCUGCACCUGGGGACAGGGAGGGACCGACUGUGGCCUUUGGGUAUUGAUAACCAGCAGGUAGUAGAUGGUGGUGACUGACCGUGUGUGUGUUAUGUGUGUGUGGCUAUGAAAGUGUGUGGUUCCCAGUAUGGAGAAUGGAAGAUUAAAAAUACUUUCUGGAAAGCUUGAUGAGUAAGGAAAUAAUGAAAAAAAAAAAACAAAAACGAAAAACAGGAAGUUAGGGAGUAGAGGCAUAAAACUAAAUCAUUCUGUGUCUGCUAUAUUUCAUUCACCAAAGUUAGGGCAAGACCAAGGCCAAGGUUUCCAACUGGGGAAUGAAAGUCUUACAACUUUGAAAAGCUGAAACCCCAUCCUCCAAAACCCAUCACAAUUUCUUUUGAGCUUUACAGCUAUUUUCUACUUAUUUCAACAGAACAUCUAACACUUACAACCUGACCCAAAUGAGAGUUCAAACAAAAGACCAAGAAACAGUAAAACCUGGGAGUAGCAGUUUGAAUUGUUCAGUAACUCUUGAAAUGCUUUGAGCCUUUUCACAUUCCUUCUUCAUUCCACAGCCCCAAAAUAAAAAUGUUCUUGAGUUCAAUUUAGACAUCUUUUGGCCGAGAUUAGAAUAUCUAUGACUGAUAGGAUUUAAUAAAUUAUAGUAUUAUUGAAUAUGCAGGGUGCCCAUCUAGCUGAGUUUAGUCUUAUUAUUUUUUAAUUUAAAAUAGAGUUCCAUUACCAAGAGUGAUGCAGCUGCCGGUUUUAGACUUAAAUAGUGUUAUUUACUGGACUUUGAGUUUGCUAAACUACAAUUUACUUAUGGUCCUCUUGAAAAUAGACUGUCAAGUUGUUUUCUGCCCUCUGUCAUCUCUUUUAAGCCAGGCCCCAUGAGCUGGUUUGCAAUGUGUGCAGAGCUUGAGGCUCUCCAGCCCUGCUCAGGUGGAGGUACAGUACAGGUGAGCUGUAGGGUUUCCCUGCCAACACGCUGAAUCCUCAAUCUAAAUAGACCUUCACGAAGAAAAUGAUAAGGUGAGGAAAAUUUAAUUUGUUUUGAAGCAUUAAAAAUCUGCUUUCUAGUAUGUCCCAUAGUUUAACCAAAAUUCUGUGGACUACUGGACGUAACCAAGCCAAAAGCCUCCUUCUGGAUUAAAGCCAGGACCACACAAACAGUGACCAGGACCAGCAGUGUAAAGGGAGGUGUUCUCUGUGUAUUGAAGGAGUGGCUCUUCUCGUAAGAAUGCCACAUUGCCACCUUGAGAAAACAAUGCUUCCUGCAGACGGGCUCCGGGUCAGCUGCUCCAAGCAUGGUUUUGCUUUGUAUGCACAGACAGUAAAACAGUUGCUAAUCCUGAGGGGCAGCCAAUGACAUGAGGGUACUAUUCAAGUGGACCACAAAAAGAUGAUAGUCAUUCUCUUUUCUUGCUUGAAGUACAACACGUGACCCUGCGCAAAAGAAGGUAACAUUAUGUGUGCGCAAGAGUUUCCGUCAAGCCAAGCAACAAUUAUGAACAGCUUGCAUGUAAGCUUUACAAAUGCCUGUGUACCAGCCCUCCAGUUGUCACCACCCAGAGGUUACAAACUUUCCCAGUAUUUAGAACAGGUUGUUUAGAGUAUUUAGAAGACCAGGCUAUAAUCAGUAGGUACCUAGUAGCAGGAAAUAGUUCUCAGUUUAUUUAUGGUCUUGGGAAAACUCAGGCAGGUGUCUUCUGGUAGCUCAGAACACCAGUACCACCCCAGGAACAGGUGGCACAGAAAGAUGCAAACCCGUUGACAUAUACCCACCUGCGUCCUGAUCUGACCACUGGGUCAUUUAAGCCUUAAAAUGAUGUUUUGUCCUCAAGUCACUAGGUAUUUUAAAGAGCUCUGUUUUUGUCCGUUUUGCAGGCAUAGAGACAAAAGGGUGCAAACCACCGAAAAAUUUUAGAUGCAGGAGAAUUUAGUCCUCUGUAAGAGAGAGAAACAUAACUCCUCAUUAACCUAUUGAGUCACUGAGCUGGGGCCGUCUCAGUCUUGGUA